AAAAUACUGCAAACUUUGUGUUUUUCUUUCACUUUGCCAUUCAAAACCAAUUGGCAUCUCCGUCAUCAAUAUUAUUACUAAUAACUUUUUUUUUGUAUUUGUAUUUUAAACACAAAUUAUUUCGAUAAGAUAAAAAAGGUGGAAAAUGCUAACAAUUUAAUAAAUACACAAAUACUUUUCUUCAUUCUUGUGUUGGGAUCGAUAAAAAAAGCUGUUUUGUUAGCAUAAUAAUUAUAGUAGUGGACACAGAAAAGUAAAAGUGAUUGACAUUUGUAACAAAGAGGAAAUAGAGAAAACGAAGCCAAAAUGGACAAGGAAUAUCAAUUGCAUAUAAGUAUUACCAAAGCUUUAAGUCCCUCAGAAGCUCCCCUUAAAGUAAAGCAUGCCCGCUCUGUAAUCAUAGCGACACAUCGUUCCAAAAGUGCCAAGCCCUUUUGGGCGGUAAUCACGCGCCAGCCGAUUAUGGAGCAUCGGUUUACAGCUUGGAAAUUUUGUAAUUUACUGCACAAGGUGUUGCGUGAGGGUCAUGAAAGUGCUGUUAAACAAUCACAAACCCACAAGACUUUGAUCUUGGAGGUGGGCAAGUUGUGGGGUCACUUGCAGGAUGGUGUGGGCAAGUGCAUUGAGGUGUACACGAGAUUGUUAGUUAAUAAACUAGAAUUUCAUCAGAAAAAUGCCAAUAUUCCGGGAUCGUUGGCAUUGGAUUUUGGAGAAUUUUCUCGAGCCGUAGGUGACGAUUUAAAUUUAUAUUUUGAAUUGUGUGUGGAGGUUUUUGAUUAUUUGGAGCAUAUAUUGCAAGUGCAGGCACAAAUUUUCUUAGCCAUUAACACCUAUCGCUUGUCCUCGAUGACACCACAGGGUCAGUGUCGUUUGGCUCCUUUGAUAACUCUCAUACAGGAUUCAAAUCCUCUGUAUGAUAUAUGUGUUCGUAUAAUGUUUCGUCUGCAUGACGGUUUGCCUCAUGAUGUUUUAAUGGGUCAUCGUAAUCGCUUUAAUGAUAUUUUUAAGAAACUAAAGGCCUUUUAUGAAAGUGUUCGUCCUUUACAAUAUUUCUCGGAUGUUAUACAACUGCCACAUUUGCCGGAGAAUGCUCCGAACUUCUCUUCAGAACUUGAUUUGGGCAACUAUAGAGCACCGGUAAUGGUUUUACAACAAGAGCCAGAACCCGAACCAGAACCCACUAUAGAAAGUUUGGUAGACUUAGCCCAUGCAGGCGACAAUAAUGCCCAAACAGAAAAUGCUUUAGAUGAAAAAGAACUUAUAAUCCGACAGCUAACCGAAGACUUAAACGAAAAACAAAUGGCCUUGGAGCAUUACUCCAAUUUGGCCCAACAAAUAAAUAACUAUCAAUUUAAAAAUGAAGCUUUACAACGUGAACUGAAUACCACAAAGGAAAUGUUGCAAAGUACUUUACACUCUAAAGAUAAUUUAGAGCAAAAAUUGAGUGAAAUGUCAGAAACCAUGGAGCAGAAAUUAAGCAAAAUGUCCGAACUGCAAGAAGAAGUCAAACAGAGUGAGGAGAAAGUCAAACAAGUUGAUGAAAAGUUUGAUAAAAUCAAAACCAUGUAUACAAAAUUGCGUGAGGAACAUAUAGGUUUGUUGCGCCUGCGCAAUGAAGAUUCCAAACAUUUAAGCUCAGAGAAAAAAGAAAUCGAAAAACUAAAAGAGGAAUUGCAAAAUUUAAAUGAAAAACUGUUGAACUAUGAAAAAACUGAGGAAAUUAACGCAAGCCUUAAAACAAAAUCCUUAGAGUAUGAGGAAUUAUUGGCUAGCAGAGAGGAUUGCAUGGAAAAACUUAAACUGGAUUUGCAGGAAAUGCAGCAGCAGCUGGAAAAAAGCCAAACAGAUUAUAAACAGUUAAAACAAGACUUUGAGCAGCAGCAGACAAAACUACAAGAAGAUAACCAACAUUUGGCUAAUGAAAAGCAAGACAAUGAACAAUUAAAACUUGAAAUACAAGGCCUUAAAGGUAAACUGGAGCAUCAGGUUUCAAAAACCGAUGAAAUCGAUACUUCUCUAAAAGCCAAAAGUCAAGAAUAUGAAAAUCUUAUAAACAGCAAGGAUCUAAACAUUAAACAAUUGAGUACCGAACUCCAGCAACAUAAGGAACAAAUGGAAAAGGCUCAAGUGGAACAUGCAGCAUUAAUAAAACAAUUUGAAGAACAACUACAAACACAUCAGGCUGCAAGUGAAAUUUUUAAAGAAAAUGCUGCAAAAGAUAAUCAAAUUAAACAGCAGCAAAUAGAAGAUCUUUUAACUAAACAAACGAAUAAUGAAACUUCUAUAAAAGAACUAGAAGCACAACUAAGCAGUAUUAAUAUAGAAAAACAAAAUUUGGAACUUAAAUUGAAAUCAGAACAAGAACAGUUUGUAGAGUUGAAAAAAUCCCAAAUUGAAGCCCAAACAGCCAAUGACAACCUAUUGAAAUCCCUUAUAGAAACCCUUAAACUUUCCCUACAGACAGACUUUACCUAUAAAGUAUUCGAAGCCAAUGAGGUGCUGCAACAGGCUGAAACAAGCAUUGAUUCCAUUAAUGAACAUUUACAAAAUGUUUUACAGACUUAUAAAUUAAGUUGUGACAAUAAGACCCAUUUGACUGGAGACUUUGUUAAAUCCAUCAUAGAAUUGAUGUCCACUUUAAGAACUCUGCAUGAUUACAUUACUCUGAUAGCAGAAAAUACUACCGAUAUGGAAAAUUCACAAAAUAUACGUUCCCUUGCAAAUGAAAUCCGUGAUUGUUUUAUUACUCUCUUCCAAAUGCUAAUGGAUAACAAAGAUGCUGAUAUAUUAGAAAAACAACAACAGCAACAGGACAUUGUUGGCAAAUUAACAGAAUUAAAGAAAUUGUUAUUAAUGAUGAGUAAUACAUUUACAGAAAAUCUAAAUAUUGGUGAUUUGUUGCAACAAGAGCUAAGGGACAUGGAUAAAAUGAUAGAAGAAGCAGCACAGAAAAUGCUAGAAAUUCAACAAAACUCCAAAUCGAAAAAUGAAGGCAUUAAAUUGGAAGUCAAUGAGAAAAUUCUUGAAUCUUGUACCAAUCUAAUGCAGUGUAUUAUACACCUUAUAAAAAGAUCACGUGAUUUACAAAAUGAAAUUGUUGUACGUGGUAAGGGCAAGUCUACCGAAAAGGAAUUCUACAAACGUAAUAGCCAAUGGACUGAGGGUCUUAUAUCCGCCUCUAAAAGUGUGGCCAAGGGCGCUAACUAUCUAGUGGAUGCCGCUAAUAAAGCCAUUGUUCUCGAAUCAAAUGAAUGUUUUGAAAUCAUUGUAGCUGCCCAGGAAAUUGCAGCCAGCACUGCCCAGCUGGUCAUAGCCAGCAAGGUAAAAGCCAGUAAAGAUAGUCAAAAGCUUUUGGAUCUAACAAAAGCUUCACGUGAUGUCUCACUAGCCACUGGUUCUGUUGUGGCCACCGUCAAAGAUGGUUGUAAUAAGUUAGAAUAUAAAAACGAAAUCGACAUGACAAAACUUACAACUUCCCAAAAGAAAGCCAUGGAAAUGGAAAUGCAUAUUAAAGUUUUACAAUUAGAGCAAGCACUCGACAAUGAACGCCAAAAUCUUAUGUCAUUCCGCAAGAAAUUUUACCAAAGCUCCGAAGAUGAUUAAAAUGUGAAAAAAACAUUUUUAUUAUAUUUUUUUAAAUAUUUAAACAAGUAGUUGUUUUUGGUUUAACCAAAUAGUUUGUAUAUAUAUUAAACCUUAGAUUUUAAUUGAAAAUACCUACUUUAUUAACUUAUAUACACCAAUUCAUACAUAUGCAGUAAUAAUUUUAUAACAAAUAAUAUAAUAAUAACUAAUUUUGUGUCUUGUUAUUUGUAAUAUUCGUUGAAAAUGUAAUUCUAAAUGUUAUUAACAUUUUAAAGAAAAGUACAUAUAUUUAAACAAAAUAUUUUUUACAUUUUUUUAAAUAUUUCCAUAUAAUUGUUUUUGU